CAGCUUCUCAACCCUCUCUCUCUCUCUCUCUCUCCUCCCCUGUUUUUUUUUUCACUCUUUCUCGUUCCCCUGUUCACGUUCGAUCCCCAUCAAAAGAUGAUAUUCCCCGCUUGAUACCUCUCGUUCACGCCCCGAUUUAUCUCCCCUUGAAAGUUUUCGCCUCCCCGGCUCCGUUUCUUGAAGUUUUGGACGAGGAAGAACUUGUAACUUGGUAAUGAAGACUACGAAGGGCAAGGGCCCGGCCAGGAGCUCAAGGGAAGCCUUGAAGCCUGCUGAUGACAGAAUGGUUGGAAAGAGAAAGGCAGCAGCUAGGCCUGAAAGCAAGCGGAAAGUCAAGAAGGAUAAACAGGCCAAGAAAGACCCUAAUAAACCAAAGAGGCCUCCCAGUGCUUUCUUUGUGUUUCUAGAGGAGUUUAGGAAAACUUUCAAGAAGGAGAAUCCUAACAUAAAGGCUGUAUCAGCUGUUGGGAAAGCUGGAGGAGAGAAGUGGAAAUCCAUGUCUCAGGCGGAAAAAGCCCCAUAUGAAGCCAAGGCUGCAAAGAAGAAGACCGAGUAUGAAAAGCUGAUGAACGCCUACAACAAGAAGCAGGAGAGCGUGGAUGAAGAUGGUGAUGAGGAAUCAGAGAGGUCCAAAUCCGAAGUCAAUGAUGAAGAUGAAGCUAGUGCAGAGGAGGCUCAGGAGGAUGAGGAAGAAGAGGAGGAAGACGAUGAUGACGACGACGAUGAGGACUGAAGAAGGAUGUUGUGGAACUCCCUGGUCGAAUAGGUCAUCUUGUGGACAAUUCUGGACUGUAGGUAUACGAUGCGUUGAGCUCGCAUAUGGCACUUCUGGUUCCUGAGUCUAAAUUCUGUUUUUUGUUUUUUUGGCUUUGGCCAGAUUCCUAUGGCUUGUUGUAUAACAUGUUCUGGUCCACAGAAAGUGCUUGUUGUUGUUACCCAAGUAACAUAAUCUAUCUUAUGUCUCCGCCGUUUAUGGUCUAGCAUUUUGUUGCUUACAA